AUGGAGCUCCCUGACAUUGUAAGCAAUGAUUCGGAUGGCUCGGGGUCCUCAGAUGAGUUCCCUCCCCAGUACCCUUUGAGAAACGGCCAUUCAUCCUUCGAACCCUUCGAGAAAGGCCAAACGCCUGCCACAACCAUCAACUCAUCUCCUCCAUCCCAUCCCUCGAGCCUUUCUGCAUGGCCCAGUGGCUCGACUACAAGGCCGCGUGGGUCUAGUGUUGGGGCUGCUACAUCGCUUGAACCCCCCGAUCCUCAUGCGAUGGCGGUCGAUCCACGACUUCAACGUCCAAUUGGCCCUGCAAGAACCCCCUCCAACACCUACGCUCCCCAACGGCCGCUCCGCUUCAACCAAAAGACCCCCCGUCGCGACCCGAAUGCGCAAUACCGUGCACAAGAAAAAGCAUAUGUGCAACGAAUCCGUGACCCUCAAGCUUGGUAUUACCACUUUGAUGACGCACCCAGCCCCAUGGGAGAUGCAGAUUUGGAAGAUCCCUCCCCAGGAUCGGAGGUUCCUUUCGACGACGAUGUUCAUGACCCAGAUACCCAGCUCUUUCUGCCAGAUGACAACCUACCCACGGUCGAAGAACUCAGGAAUCCAAAGAACCAGGAGCGCCUGGAAUGGCAUUCUAUGUUAGCUUCUGUUCUGAAAGGAGAUGUGGUGAAACAAGAAAAGCAGCGAUUGCUCGGCUCUGUGGAGUCCAAACGAUCGGCUGCUCUGAAUACUGCACUGUGGAUCGGCGUUAAGGCUAAAACAUGCGGGCGGAGCAUUGCUCUCCAACGAAAGCUCAUUGAAGACGCAAGGGUUCAAUUGGGCCCAGUAAUCGAAGAAAUCAUCAACUUCCAGAUUAAAGGUGAAACGGAAAUCGGCAAGCCACCGAGGCAGCAGGUCGAAGAUGUCGUGAAAAAGGUGGAGCGUUGCGAGGCCCUAUACUCAACGCUAAAAGAGAUGGAGUCGGCCAAUCCUCGCACAGCAUCUGAAGAGUUCUACUCUAGCCGCGAGGCGAUCUUUGCCUGGCACAAUAUUACGGCUCUGAUUAAUACUGAGCUGGCUGUAUUGCAAAGUUGGGUCGGAAACGGCGCUCUGGACUUCAGUGAGCCCAGGGUUAAGUCUGCUCAAAGCGAUCUAUCCGAUGACUCCUCAUUUUUGGAUCGAAUUAUGAAAGAGGAUGGCCUAAAGACUCUUCAAGGUGGUCACAGCAUGCUGCAUGGUAUUGGCGAAGUCAUUCAGAAAGCCAAGAGCACACUGAUUGGAAACGCAGAGGCUUUUGCCAAACGUCAUUUACCGCCAUACAUUGAGGAGCUCCUAACUUUGAUUAACUUCCCUUCACGAUUGAUCCAAGAGAUCAUUCGCGUUCGUCUAUCGUAUGCCAAAAAUAUGAAAGAUCCAGCCCAACAGUCUCCCAUUUUGUUAGAUCAGAUGAUCUCUCAAUUUCAAAUUCUCAUGAGAGUCGCGGUCGAGAUCAAGCAGCGCUAUCUAGCUAUUUCAAGGCCAGAGCCUGGAUGGGAUCUACCGCCCUGCGUUGAUGAGAACUUCGAUUCGGUGAUUCUUGAUGCUAUGAAAUACUACUUUAAGCUGUUGAAUUGGAAACUCAAUGCCAACAAGAACACAUUCAAGGAGGCAGAGAUUCUAGAACAGGAGUGGGGGUACUCCUACGAAAUCGGCCGCCAGCUUGAAAUCGGUGACAUUGAAGUUGCCGAGCAAUUUAGCGCCCUGACUGCCAAGUCUCUUCAACGACUCAUGAUUCACUUUGAACGCGAGUUGGUACCGAGACCCAACGAAAGGGUUGUAGAUAUGGACAAGCGGUACAAGAGUAUCCUAGAUUCAACUCGUAUUCGUCAACGAAAAUUGUAUCGUUUCUCUCGAUUUCUCUGCGAACUAUUCGAAAAUGCUACGGAAUACAACUUGCCAGCUGAUAUCGCCUACGAAUUUUUCGAGGCGCUGCUGGUGUCCGACCACUUCCUCGUCACAUCGCCCACCUCGGUCGGACAGAAAGGCGUCUACUUGAUUGCGCACCAUUCAUUGUGGAAUCGCCCUACCGACAUACAAGCUAUUCUUGCCACUUCGUUCCGGCAAGAUGACAUUCAAGAUACACAUAUUCCAUAUGUACUGGUUAUCCGCCCCGAAAGGCCACUGGGCUGGGCAGGUAAGGAGAUGCAAGUGGAUUUAUUAGAACAGCCCACUGAUGUGCGUCUCGGGAAACUUCGUCUUGUCGUUGAGGGCAUGCAAGACCGCUUACAAAAUGCGAGAAUUGAGCUGACACACCUCACUGGUAUCCAACUGGAUAUGGUAAUUGAGCAACGUGCCAACCUCGGGCGCGUCAACGUAGAAUUGAACAAGAUCAAAAAGAUCUCGUUCAAGUUAUCCAUGGCCAUUAUGGAUAGCGUGGCUGUCAUCAAAAACCAGCUAUUAGAAAAGAGAUGGGAGAACAACGACUUGGUUCAGGCUUGCUACGCAUUCGCAACCGAAUUUGGUCAACGUUCUUCCAACUAUGUCGACGCUAACCGGCGCGCAAUGAACAGUGCCCGGUUGGUGGAGUUGUCCCUUGACUGGGUGUCUUUCAUUUGCGAUCAGUGUGACGCUGCUGAUCGGAAGACGUUCAAGUGGGCAGUCGCUGCCCUCGAGUUUGCCAUGGCAAUCACCUCAAGUAGGCAUCUUCUAUCUAUGGACGAGGAACAGUUCAGUCGCCUACGUUUGAAAGUGGCAGGCUGCAUGUCUCUUCUCAUCUCACAUUUCGAUAUCAUGGGCGCACGUUCAUCUAUGGCUGCCCAGGCUGAGAAGCAGCGUAUGGAGGAACGCGCUGGAGCUCGAAUGGUUGGUGCCGGUCGAAUUUUGAGCGAUGAAGAGGCGUCGCAGAUUGUUCACGAGACACGGUAUGCGCGUGUGACUGAAAUAGAGGACAGGCGAGUAGAGGAGGACGCCAAACGUCAAGCUUUGGGACGCGUGUUGGAGGGCUCAAACGAGGCAGACCGAUCUCUCACUGUUCUCUCUUCAUCGGCUACCCACGUCACUUUGCGCUGGCAACAAGGCCAGUUCAUUGGAGGCGGCACCUUUGGUUCUGUCUACGUUGCUAUCAACUUGGAUAGCAAUUAUCUGAUGGCCGUGAAAGAGAUUCGUCUGCAGGAUCCCAAGUUGAUUCCUAAAAUUGCGCAACAAAUUCGUGAUGAGAUGGGCGUCCUCGAGGUGCUGGACCAUCCCAACAUUGUUUCCUACCAUGGCAUAGAAGUGCACCGUGACAAGGUCUACAUCUUCAUGGAGUACUGCUCCGGUGGUUCACUUGCCAGCUUGUUGGAGCAUGGCCGCGUCGAAGAUGAAAUGGUCAUCAUGGUCUAUGCGCUUCAACUUCUGGAGGGUCUCGCUUAUCUGCACCAAGCAGGCAUCGUUCACCGCGACAUCAAGCCUGAGAACAUCUUGCUAGAUCAUAAUGGAGUCAUCAAAUACGUCGAUUUCGGUGCGGCAAAGAUCAUCGCUAGGUCAGGCCGUACAAUAGCUCCGGCGUAUGACGGUCCUGUGGGCCCUGUACCUAGGAUCAAGGAUCCUCUUCUUGCAAAAGACGACCAGAUUGGUAACCAACGCAAGAACCAAAAGAGUACCACUGGAACUCCCAUGUACAUGUCCCCCGAGGUGAUUCGCGGCGACGACGGCCCCGACCUGAAUCAUCGUCAAGGCGCCGUCGACAUCUGGUCCCUGGGCUGCGUGAUUCUUGAAAUGGCCACUGGCCGUCGCCCGUGGUCUACUCUUGACAACGAAUGGGCUAUCAUGUACAAUAUUGCCCAGGGAAACCAACCUACAUUGCCAAGCCCCGACCAACUUAGCGAUCUGGGAAUCGACUUCUUAAGCCGUUGCUUCGAAUGUGAUCCUCUCCAGCGAUCUACUGCUGCCGAGCUCUUACAACACGAGUGGAUUGUAUCCAUCCGUCAACAGAUAGUUUCUGAGCCUCAGACUCCUGGCAGUGAGAUGAGUUCGUACAGCAGUUCUAGCAACAGUAGCAACAGUCGUCAAGGUUCUACCUACAUGUGA